GCCUCACAUCUCCAUGGCGCUGAGGAUCAACUCCUCCGAUGGUAUUGUGCUGUACGCAGGCGGCGGGCAGCGCGGCGCCGCUGUGAUGUCACUCAGCGUGUUAGACGGCCACCUGCUGCUCCUGUUGGACGGAGGGAAGAGGAAGGUCAGCCUGCGCAGCCGCAAGAAGUACAACGACAACCAGUGGCACACGGUGUUUAUAAAGCGUGAAGGAGACAAGAUCAGUCUGAUCGUGGACGGCAUCAACGCUCAGUCCAAGAGGGUCCCCGGAGGAGACAGGACUCGUCUCACCGGGCCGUUUUACAUCGGAGGAGUCCCGCCCACUCUGACGGCUCCGGGCUCCGGUGGUUUCGUCGGUUGUGUCCGGGAUCUGAAGCUGAACGAGGCCCCUGCAGGAAGCCCCGCCCACAGCCAGGGGGCGGUGCCGUGCUUCCUGAACCCUCUGCAGCCCGGAGUGUAUUUCUCCGGACAGGGAGGACACAUCGCCAUAGAUGAGUCUUUAGUUCUGGGUCGGGAUCUGGAGAUCCAGCUGGAGGUUCGACCCGUCUCGGACUCUGGGCUGCUGUUGCAUGCUGGGACAUCACCUGAUCAACACCUGAGUUUGGUCCUCAGUGAGGGACAGGUGACUGCGUCACUGAACAGCGGUAAAGGUGAAUUCUCCACCUCCUUCACUCCUGAGGAGCCUCUGUGUAACGGUCGCUGGCACACGGUCACAGUGGUGAAGAAGAACAACGUCCUGCAGCUCCACGUCGAUGCAGCCAGCGAGCACAGCGUCGGCCCCAGACAGAGCCGCUCCGCAGGGGCCAAAGAGACCGUUUACCUCGGAGGGGUUCCCCGUGAGUACUCUGUCUUCUUCUGCUGCAACGCUGAAAUCACGUCCCAUGUGUUUGUUUCUAAUGUUGAAUAAUAAACAGGG